AUCUGGUUUUUCCAUCCUUCUUGGUAAUAGUGCAAUCUGCCAUGGAUGCCCAUGUAAGUCUGGCUGACCUCUUAGCUGCUUGAUCCCUCUUGAAGCUGCUGGAUUGUCUGAAUCCAUUGUGCUCCUCUUCUUCUGGACCACAAUAUUCCCUCAAGGGACACAAACUGUGGGCAGCUAAUAGGUGAAAACUACCAGCCUCAUUUCAUGCCACAUUGGGCUAGUAUGCCAGUCCAGGCACCCUUCUAAGCUGCUGUCUCCCUUGUAGAUGAAGGAAGCUAUGUAUGCCAGCAGGGCACAGAGCAGUUGGGGGGGGGGAGCCAUCAGCCUUCUCCCUUUUACUCUUUCUCCAUGAAUAGUCUUUCCCCGUUUUCUCUCUUACCUCCUUAAGCUACCUCUUAAUUUACUAAUGUUGGAUUUUUUUUCUUCUUGUUUUAAAGUCUGAUUAUUAUUUCUUUUGUCUCUUUAAGCUGCUUCUUAAUUCAUACUAUUUCCUUUUCUUUCUCCUCUUCUUGGCCAUUGCUUCCAAACUGACUUUUAUUUCUCUCCUUUUUCUCCUUAUGGACCUGUUUGUGUCCAGUCUGCCAGUGCCCAGUGGCAUCCUACUCCCCUAGUGCCCUAAGUGGACCCAUUUCUCAAAUUGUAAGUUUUGUUGUUCUCUAUUCCUUCAGGAAAGCCUCCCCCUCCCUUCCAGAGGGUUUCUUGCAGGCUUCAUGUUGUCUACUGAAAAUCCCCUUAUCUCCUGCCAUGAUCUUUAUUUGCCUUGACGUCUGUGGAACCUGUUUCUUCUGCUUAUGACGUCUUCCAUUACAGACCUGUACAACCAGAUUCCUAGCACCCAGAUUAAUGUCCUUGAUUUCCCAUAGAAAAUCCCCACUAGAAGGAUUUUGCACCAGGCUUGUUCAUUUCUCAAUUCUGUUGCAGCUUUCUUCAUCUCCUUUACUAAUUAUAUCUGCCAAGCGCCUAGUUAUUUACAAAGAUUAUAAUAUACUACAACCUCUCUUUUUGUGUUUGUUUUUGUUUUGGCUACUCCUUAUCUAACUGUUGAGACUAAGUGAUGGGAUUUUGUGUUGACAAUCUGCCAUGGUGGAUAAAUCUUAAAUCAGACAGACCAUCACAUGAAAAGAAAAAGUCACCAUGUUGAGAAAUUGCUUUCUUUGCUUUUAAUUCACAAAACUCUGAAUGAUGUAUUAAGUUGCUGAGGCAAUAAGGAAGUAGUUUUUAAUUGGAAAAAAAAUGUAGCACUGGCCAUUCAUUUUUCCUAGCACUGAACUAGUAUCUAAUGAGUUCAGCAAUGGCAUUAAGAGAGAUAACUAGUUGGGACUGGAUUGUUUACUCAGCAAACAAAAUACAACUAAUAGACAUUUUUCUUUUAUUUAUAGAGUUAGCGAUAUGAAAGCCAUGUCUGACUCAUAGUCAGACAAGUAGAAGUUAAUAACUGGGUAGUGUUCUUUCUCAUGUGACCAUAAAAGUAUGGGCUUCUGGACGCUGCUUGCAGCCUUGCAGCGUCAGUGUUUGGAAUUAGGAGUGACCUGUUUAUUCACUGAAUUAGCCAAUCAAAACAGUCCUGGGUGAACUUCAUUCAAGACAAGCAGACACUUUGUAAAUGUGUAAAUAUACCUCCUAUCAGAGAGACUUAAGAGGAGCUUGCAAAGGAGACUUGUAGACUGGAUUUCUUCAUCCUGAAAUCUUUGCUUGGGCUUUGGGAUUAAUACUUCUGAUACAAUAUAUAUAUAUAAAUAUAUAGGGAUGUCGGAAAGUGAAGAUCCUGUCCAGAGUGAGAGCUACCAGGUCAGUGAGUCUGAAUCUGAAAAUCGCCUUAGAUUGAACCAGUGUAUAGAAGAAGCAAUGAUGAGUUUCUUUUUGUUCCUCCAAGAAAUGUCUCAUUUUAAAGAACAGAACCCUGGCAAGUUUUGCCUUCUGGUCUGCAGCAUAUGCACAUUCUUCACAGUGUUGGGAAGUUACAUUCCUGGAAUUGUACUCUCCUAUCUUCUAUUAUUAUGUGCCUUUUUAUGUCCAUUCUUCAAGUGUAAUGAAUUUGGACAAAAGGUAUAUAGCCACAUUAAGUCAUAUCUGCUGAAACUGAACUUUGGAAUACAAGACUUUAUCAACCAAAAGUUAAAAGAGAGAGCAGAAAUGAUCAAAACAAAACCAAGUGAGGAUGACAGUGAACUAGACUUAUCAGCUUUAUGCCCUAAGGUUAGCUCAGCAACUGCAGCCAAAGAGAUGUCUGUAUCAGACACUGAUAUCUCAGAGAUAUCUUGGACUGACAAUGGAACUUUUAAUUUAUCUGAGGGAAACACUCCACAGACAGACACAUCCGAUGUAGAUUUUGAUCGGCCAAGUGACCACGAGGAAGCUUUUGCAAAGGAUCUUGCAGAAUUUCCAUCUAUAGAAAAUGGUGCUGGAACAAACGAUGAUGAUGAUUCAAGCAUUGGCUUGCCAGUUCAGCAUAAGAGAAAAAAAGCUCAUCCCCCAACCCCAUUGGACCAAUGUCACAGGCAGGAUAAGGAGAGGCACUCUGCAGCAGGCCUUUCCUUGUCUUUGAUCAACGACCAGGCCUUCAGCUUGGUGACAGCAAUUGCUGGUGAUGUUGUUACAUCGGUGGUAUCAGCAGCCGUCAGAGAACAGUUGCAAUCUGUGCAGGAAGUCCCAAGUAUAAGUGAAGAGGCAGAUGCAGAAGAAGGAGAUGAUUUUGAACUGCUUGACCAGUCAGAGCUUGAACACAUGGAAAGUGAACUGGUACCUACCAAAAGCCCAAAGGCGGAGCCACAGGAAAAGAAGAAGUCUUCAGGCUUCCUCUCAAAUCUGCUUGGUGGGCAUUAAUGUGAAAGGAGAAGCUGCUUAAUAGUGUAUCGACAUAAAUACAGACAAUGUGAAAUGCAAGGAGAGAAAUUAUGAGCUGUAAGCUUUGUCUAUUAUUCUAGAUGUGCUGUAACAUUCUUCAUGCGGAGUGAACUAACAAUGUUUUAGAUCAAUUGAUGCUGGUAGCUUUGUUUCUGAUAGUGAUGCCAUAGAAAUGAAAUCACAUUAUUUUCAUUCACAGCAAUUUAAAAGGCUUCUUUUACAAAUGUAGCUUAGUUUUGGCCGUUGCCAAAUCUUUUGUCACUUUCAGCCUAUUUGUUCUUUGUUUCCCCCCCCCCCCAAGCAUUUUGGCAGCAAUAUUUAUUUCAGGGUUAGAAAAUAUCUGCAAAAUUCAAAAAGCCAUCAUAUCCUAUAUGUGUCUUCUAUGUAGCAGAGUAUGCAAACCUUAACAAGAAUCUGAACACUUUUGCUGCCAUCAUCUCUAACAUAUACAUUCUCUAGUUGGAUAAUCCUUGUUUGUAUUAUCUGUCUGAAACUCAGUUAUUCAUAUGAGCUGGCUAAAGAAGGCCGUGCCAUUUUAAACUGUAUCCUUAAGAGGCCUUGGAGUUAGGCAAAAUAUCCAUAUCCCAUGUACCAUCACUCACUUUGUACAACUACUUGUAGCACAUGUAUCUGCUGUGUGGAGUUGAAUUUAGGUUGAGCAGGAAUUAAUUAGAAAAAAAUUCAAAACUGAAA